AUGUUAGCUCGUGGUGUAAGAAAUGUUAUUUAUAAUUAUACUGAAGCACAGCGAAAAGUUCGAGAAGCGACAAGUAAUGAUGCAUGGGGACCAUCGCCGGCACUUAUGCAUGAAAUAGCCGAUUUAACACACAAUGUUGUUGCCUAUGCUGAAAUAAUGCCCAUUGUAUGGAAACGUUUGAAUGAUCAUGGAAAGAAUUGGCGUCAUGUUUAUAAAUCUCUUGUACUAUUAGAUUAUUUAAUUAAAUAUGGUAAUGAACGCGUUAGUCAACAAUGCAAAGAAAAUAUAUUUGCUAUUCAAACAUUAAAAGAUUUUCAAUAUAUUGAAGAUAAUAAAGAUCAAGGUUUUAAUGUUAGAGAAAAAGCAAAACAAUUAGUAUCAUUAUUGAAAGAUGAUGAACGUUUGAAAAAUGAACGACGAAAAGCACAAGAAGGACGAAAUAAUUAUUAUCAACAAGCAAUGGGUAUGGAUUCAAAUGGUGCUGUGACAUACGGGAGACAAUCAUCGACAGUAAGACGGAAUAGUACAAAUGAUAUAUCACAAAUAGGUGGUGAUUAUAUGUCAGGUAACAAUUAUAUGAGUAAUACGAAUACAGUGAGAUCAUCAUCGUUCAAUGAUGGAAUACAUACACAAGUUAAAAAAGAAUUUGUACAACCAUUAAAUCAAGAAGAAGAAAAUUUGCAAAUGCAAAUAGCUCUGGCCGAAUCUCAGCGUGAAGCAGAAGAAGAAGAAAGACGACGACGAAAUGAUGAUUUAAGAUUGAAAAUGGCAUUAGAACGAUCAGUUAAUGAAAAUCCGUCUGAUGCAAAUCAUGGACAGUUAUUUGAUGUAUCAAGUCAAAACCAGCUCGAUCCAUCAUUAUUUUCUCAACAUCUAAUGGAUCAUACUACAUGGAAUGAAACGAAUGCCACAUCAACAGCAUCAAACUUCGGAUGGAAUACAAAACCCACGAUUGACAUUGGCUUUCCUUCGUUCGAUACGGCGUCAAAUACAAAUCAAUCAGCAUGGCCUUCAGCAUGGCAAGGAAACGCUGCUGGAUUUGGCUCUCAAAAUAGUCGUGUGCCACCUACAUCAGCAGCAUCUAUGUCAGUGAUGAAUAAUACAACAACAACAAACAAUAAUCCUUGGAAUGAUUUAGCAACAGAAACUCAAAUAACUUCAUCACCAGCGAGUGAUCCAUGGGGUUUAAGUAGCAGCGAUCCACGUUAUAAUGCAAAUGCUAGAAAUAUGUCUCCACUUCAAACAACUAAUGACCAUAUGUACACGACAAAAUCGGCAGAUAAUGAAUUAAGUGACUUUUUUGGUGGUAAUAGCGAAGCAUCUUCAUCGACUGAUAAUCAUUCAAAACCGUUUUCUUUAUCAACAUUCUCUACUACAACUGCAUCAACAAAUCCAUGGAACAUGUCGUCAUUAUCCACUACAUUACCACCUCAAACAACAUCGACAAGUCCAAGUUCAUUUUCAUCAUCCAAUUUAUCAAACAAUAUAUUAUAUCCGAAUAUAGAAAAUAAGUUUAAUCAAACCAACCAAAGUUCAUUUCCAAUGAACAGUAGUGCUGCUACAUCUAGAAAGACACCUGAAUCAUUUCUUGGAGACAAAUUUAUUGGUCUUGUUAAUCUCGAUAAACUUGUAACUGAAACAAAAACUACAAAUCCGUUUGGAGCAACUCCACGUACACCAAAUCCAUUUGCCCAAACUGCUAAACCACCGACUCUAGAUCAACUGAGUUCAGUCAAUAAUACAAGCGGUUUUUUACAGGCACCGACGUUGCCUCCACCAUUGAUUCCACUAUCAAGUACUUUAGCACCAACUCCUCCACCAUCCAAUUCAAAAAAUCCAUUUCUUUGA